UUCUCCACGCUAGCUUGACAGAGGGCUGGAGAGCGAGCAGAUGGAAUUCUGCGCUGCCUUCUGAGCAGGUUCCCCGCGUCUCAAAUCGACUCGCUCACAUUUCCAGCGGAUUCGCUGCUGACAAAGUAGCGCUGGCGUGUGUGAAGCCUCUGCGGGAGUCUCGGCUGGGACACAAGCGGUGAAGACGAUACCCCCCAUCUCUCUCUCUCUCUCUCUCUCUCCACCUCCACACAGACCGAACAUCUUCCCUCGAUCCAAAGGCGAGUUUGUCUCCGUCAUGCCGCUGUUCGGUAAAUCCCACAAGAGUCCGGCGGACAUUGUCAGGACCCUGAGGGAAAACCUGGCCAUCCUGGUCAAACAGGACAAGAAGACAGACAAGGCGUCGGAGGAGGUAUCAAAGUGCCUGGUGUCCAUGAAGGAGAUCCUGUGCGGGAGCAACGAUAAGGAGCCGCACACGGAGACGGUGGCCCAGCUGGCCCAGGAGCUGUACAACAGCGACCUGCUGAUAACGCUGGUAGAAAACCUGCAGUUCAUAGACUUCGAGAGGAAGAAAGAUGUUUGUCAGAUCUUUAACAACAUCCUGAGGAGGCAGAUCGGGACGAGGAGCCCCACAGUCGAAUACUUCUGUUCCCACGAAGAGGUUCUCUUUAUACUGUUGAAAGGGUACGAUUCACCGCCGGUAGCGCUGAACUGCGGGAUGAUGCUGAGGGAGUGCAUCCGCCACGAGCCGCUCGCCAGGAUAGUCCUCCGCUCCGAACAUUUCCACAGCUUCUUCACCUACGUGGAGAUGUCCACCUUCGACAUCGCCUCUGACGCCUUCGCCACCUUCAAGGAUCUCCUGACAAGACACAAAGUGCUUGUGGCCGAAUACCUCGAACAGAACUACGACGCUGUGUUUGCAGACUACGAGAAGCUACUGAACUCUGAGAAUUACGUCACCAAGAGGCAGUCACUUAAGCUUCUGGGCGAGCUGUUAUUGGACAGACAUAACUUCACAGUGAUGACGCGCUACAUCAGCAAGCCAGAGAAUCUCAAGCUGAUGAUGAAUCUGCUCCGAGACAAGAGUCUCAACAUCCAGUUCGAGGCCUUCCACGUCUUUAAGGUGUUUGUAGCAAAUCCCAACAAGACGCAGCCCAUCAUCGACAUCCUGCUCAAGAACCAGACCAAACUAAUCGACUUCCUGAGCAACUUCCAGAAGGACCGCGCCGACGACGAGCAGUUCAACGACGAGAAGACGUACCUAAUCAAACAGAUCAGGGAUCUGAAGAAAGCGGCCUCCUAGAGAAGCACCCCCUUCCUUCCUCAUCCCCCUCUUCCCCAACUUUUUAUCAAUAGGAAGAUAGAAAAAAAACAACACAUCAACAGUAAUGGUUAUUCUAUUUAAAAAAAAAAAAAUCUUCAAGACGUUAUUUGUCUUUUUUCUCUUUGUUGGUUCAUUAAAAACUUGUGCAAGAGUAGUUCUCAAUCACUGAUAUUUUUCCUUUUGGUUUUUUUUUUCCCCCAUGAACCCUUUUUUUUUCUUUUUCAUCUGUAGCACGUAGUGCCACAAGUUGUGGUGAUGGAGGCAGCUGAUAUGCUUUGUUGGAAGAACCAGCGGUUAAAGAAAAAGCUUUGGCCAAUCUGGUCGAGUGGCUGCAGAACAUACAGACGUGACCAUUUAUGUAUAUAUUUUUUUUUAUUAAUUUUUUUUAAUCAUCUGUCGCUGCUCCCAAGUUAAUUUCUAGCUGUUUAAAUGAAGUAGCUGCAAAUCAGAGAAAUAAUGAAGACUUUCUUUUUUCUUUCUUCGGCCAAAAAUUAACUUGAGAUUAAAACGGCAACAGUAACGCUCUGUCACCUUCUGCCAGCCAAACCUUAUUUUUGUCAUUUUCCUGCCAAAUCCAGCGAUUGCCUAAGUUUUCCCUUUUCUAAAACUAUGAAGCAUCAUCAGACUUAAAUACAAUCCUGAAAUGCCAACGUAGCUUCGUGGAAGCUAGCUCGUCUUCCAAAAAGUCCAAUUCUAAAAAGCCGGGGGGAGGGGGGACGACACUACACAGCAUAUAAAAAUGUAGAUUAAGAUCUUAAAAGCGCGUUACCAGUCUUAGAAGCCUCCACCUGUGCCAAUCUGAGUAUCUUAGUGAGACUGAGAACAGAGGUGUUGACCAAAGUUUGCCAAUGAAAAAUGUCAAUUAUGAGCAUAUUUGAAGAAUCUUUGAAGUGUGGAGCCUUUUAAAUUGAAUGGUGACGUUGGGCUGCUGUCGGUACAGUGAGCUCCAAUCAUUUUGAUCACUGGUUCUCUUUGCUGGUGGUUGAUAGCACUUUCUGCAUGAUAAAAAAAAGAUGAUGAAUGAAACAUUUGGGUUUUCUUCCUUUCUUUCUUUUUUUAAAAUCUGAAGAUGAUCACACUGCUUUGACGGCAUUCAUUUUAAUGUGUAUAUAUAUAUAUAUAUAGUUUCAUUUCUUGUCAUGUACAGAGUUUGUGGUUUGCACAAGUGUCAUUGUGAGUGUGAACAUGAGGAGGAGGCACUUUGCCGUGAGGAGGAGCUCUUCAUCGAGAGAGGGGAGCAGCUGUUGUUUUUCUUUCUGUGCUGUCACACGUGUUUUGGAUCUGAUGUUGGUAUUAGAAAGGAAAGAAAGAUUCAGAGGUGCCUUUUUUGGCUCUGGUGUGUUUUCCCUUCUUUUUUUAAAAAUAUAUAUAUAUUUUCAGUAUCUUUCUAGCGGAAGCCUAAUUGCGUUGAUGAAAAUAUGCUGUGGGUACAGAACACGUUUGUUGUGAUCAAGCGGUGAACCUCUUUACUCACUAUAUUUGAGUUAUGCUGUCAAAAGUUUUUUUCUUCUUUUUCUGCAGCCGAUCGGUCCCCACCAGAAUCCACACGUGAAGUAUAAGGCUGUGUCGGCGGCCGACUCGUAGGAUCACUUGACGCAGGGUGGCGCCCAAGUUGAUCUGUAACUGUGAAAAAUCCACACGUAGUUAAGAGUCAGUGAGGAUUCAAACUUUUCACUAUCGUCUUUCCCACUUUCCACUCAAAAUGUAGAACUUGUCUCCUAAUAGAUAUUCGACGUGCAUUAGCUUCCUACAUAAAAGUUUUAUGCUAAUGCUUUCAUGAUUAAUUUAAAAAAACAAAAGUCUUUUUAACCAGGACUUCAAGAUUAAUUAUCAAAUUUUAGUGACUCAGUUUGAAAUAAAGGCAGUAGUGGAGGGUGACUAACAAUCAAGUGCCAUUUUUCUCUUUUCGCAAUGUGGCAUGAAAAACACUUUCUUUCUUUUGGGUUAAUAAAAAACAUAGCAGCUAUUUUGGUUGUUAAAAGUUGUGACAGUAUUUAUAUGACAUCAGAAUAAAACCAACCAGCUUCUGUACAUCAGGCUUUUCUCUUCAGCCAAACUUUACCAUUUCCUUUCGUUGUUUUUGGCCAAUUUAAAAAAACAAAAAACUACAGUCCAGCAAAACUCCACAUUCUCUCUCCAACACCACAUUAUUUUUUUCACACUGAUGAUACUGUACCACUUAUGCAGCAAAUAAAAACGGAUGGCAAUGCA